CACAAGUUUUUGUUUCACGCACAAAAACAAGUGAGAGAAAAAUCAAAUGGCGGGGAUCGGCAGUUCAAGAUGGUCUCUUUCCGGCACCACCGCUCUUGUCACCGGCGGCACUCGUGGAAUCGGGUAUGCAACCGUGGAAGAGCUGGCGGAAAUGGGUGCAACUGUGUACACGUGUUCGAGGAACCAAGAGGAACUCACUCAGCGCCUGCAGGAAUGGAGUUCCAAGGGUUUCAAAGUCAGUGGGUCUGUGUGCGAUGCGUCUUCUAGAGAGCAAAGGGUGCAGCUCAUGGAAAAAGUGUCGUCUUCUUUCAAUGGAAAGCUUAACAUUCUUAUUAAUAACGUUGGGACUAACAUUAGGAAGCCAACUGUUGAGUAUACUGCCGAAGAAUACUCGAGCAUCAUGACUACGAACUUAGAGUCUUCGUACCAUCUAUGUCAACUUGCCCACCCUCUUCUCAAAGCCUCUGCAAACAGCAGCAUUGUGUUUAUUUCCUCUGUUGCUGGUCUGGUGCACCUAUAUACCGGAUCUAUUUAUGGUGCAACUAAAGGAGCAAUCAAUCAACUUACGAAAAAUUUGGCGUGCGAAUGGGCAAAGGAUAACAUUCGGGUGAACUGUGUUGCACCCUGGUACAUUAAAACCUCUCUGGUGAAGCAUUUGCUGGAAAACGAAGAGUUCUUGGAGCAUGUAGUAUCUAGAACUCCUCUGAAGCGCCCCGGUGAACCGCAAGAAGUCUCGUCUUUGGUAGCAUUCCUUUGUCUUCCAGCUGCUUCUUAUAUCACUGGUCAGGUUAUAUCUGUGGAUGGUGGGUUCACUGUUAAUGCAUUUCCUGCCUGAUGCAAAAGCUUGGUCUCUUUUUUAUUUUAUUUCAUUUAUUAAUGUCAUUUACUUUCAAUUUGAAACCAUCAGGUUUCUGAGUUUUGAUGUGCAAUUAUUUACUGUUUUUUAACUGGGUAAGGUACAGGUGAAGAUUUGAAUAAAAAUUCCGAAUUCCGUCAA